AUGGAUUAUCUUGUGACCGCACAAAGCUCGGAUUAUCCAAGUUCAUCACCUUCAAGAUCACUCUAUGAAGAGAACAAAAUGAAGCUUGUACGUGAGUUGGAGACAUUCUUUGGGCACUCAAGCAACGAGAUGGUAGAUGGAAGAUCUUUUGAAGAAUGUGUUGCUUGGUACCAAGCCGGAGUAUUGCGGGGUGACAACGUUCAAGAAGCAUAUGGAAACUAUGUUACCGAGCAAGUCAACGCACCAUACCAACUCAAGGAAGGAGAACAAGACUUCAAGAAGUUAAGGGCAAAAGUGAAUGCCUUAAUUGGCAAGAGACAUUCUGGAAUUGAUGCGGCGUUUAAGAACGCCACACAAUUGCAUGGCCGAGUGAAACGUAGGUAUUGCCUUAGACACUUGCGGAGCAAUGUCCUGACAAAGACCAUCCAACAAAAUUGGCCCAAUGCAUACAACUAUAUGGCAGAACUCGAUGAAGAGGCAUGGACAUUAUGUCACGAUGGAGGUCAUCAGUACGACGUUAUGAAAACCAAUCUAUCUGAGUCAUUUAAUAACUCGAUUAAGAGUUGCCGAAUGUUGCCUGUCACGGCAAUCGCACGAAUAACUUUUCACAAGUUACGAACAAUGUUUGCCGAUAGGGUGCUGGGAUCCCCAUCGGGGACGGGGCAUAUUAUCAUCCCUAUUUGCCAAUGCCCUCCUCCUGUUACCCAAGACACUUUUAUUGAGAACUCUGGCCUUGAUACUCAAGAUGUGAUCAUUGCCCUGACGGGUGAGCAUGACAAGGGAAAUGUUGUGGGACUAUCUCUGCACACAGGAGAGCCUAUAGAUCCACAAAUGGAGGGGAUCUUUGAUAAUUAUUCUGUCAAGUAUCAGAUUAUUAACUCUGGCCCUGCAAUAGCAUCUCAACUACUACUUGUGGAUGAAGCAAUUCGGGCAGGGCGUAACAUGAGAAAACCAACUUAAGUUCUUCCUUACCAUUGUUCACAUGGGCC